GGCACGCCACGCUGAGCAAUUGCUCCAGCACGUACGGCGCUCGCCCUGUGCUCUUCUGACCUUGUGUUACCCGGUAAUGAGGAGGCAGACGAUGAACGGUAUGCCUUCUGGAGUGUUCCUCUUGUAACUCCAUCAGUGGCUUUGGUAACAGCGAACUAGACCAUCGACGUUCUUCAGAGGUGAAGAGGCAGAAGACCGAAAUCCGUUCGGCAUUUCUCGGUUUCCGCUAAUGAAAAUUUGUACUGCCCCUGAACUGCUUAAUGGAUUGGAGACACAAUGCCAAAGAUAAACUACAAACUACUGCCUGUAAAGGCGCAUUACUUCUUCUUCAUGGCCUCCCUGGGACCCAUAUUGCACCAGCUGAAUGUAUUUGGCAAGCAGCUGGGUGUCUCAGAAGUCGUCAUUGGAGGGAUUAACGCAAUCUUGCCCAUCUUGUUCCUGCUUGCGAAACCUGUUUUUGGCUUUGUGGCAGACUACUUUAGAAGCCAGAGGAAGCUGGUUUUCAUGCUGCUCAUCUGCUCCAUGAAUGUGUCUCUUGUGUCACUGUACUUUGUACCUCAGCCCAAGGUGCCCUUCCUUGCUGAAUAUAGACUGAAUGCUAUUAACACCAGCUUGAUUGAUGAAUGCACGAAGAUGAGUGUACAUAAUGAGACAAAAUGUGGUGAUACACAAAUUGUGCUGUGUGACUGGACUUGUGAUGAUUCUUUUAAUGGAACUGGUCUUCCUGCUGUUCUGUAUACAGACAGUAUAACAUCUUCUCAUGGAAGCCUUCAUUUGUGUCUGACUGGAAAAAAUGCAACAUUUUAUCCAUUUCUCAUGGACCCGAGAACAAGCUGUGAUUUUAGAUGUGCUAUGGAUAAGAACAGCAGCAAUGACUGUCUGUAUGGUACAGCAGCAUUCUGGAUAUUUGUGGUUCUCAUGUCCUUGGGAACAAUUGGUUUCAAUGUUUCAAAUAGUGUAAGUGAUGCCAUCUGCUUUGAUGUUCUAGGUAGUGGUUGUGAAAUGAAAUAUGGAAGGCAAAGAGUUUGGGGCACAAUUGGAUUUGGUGUGACAGCUCUGAUAUCUGGCUAUGCUGUUGACUGGUGGUCGGGAGACAGUGGACUGAAAGAUUACACACCAGCAUUCAUUCUUGUAUUAACAUUUGCUGUCAUUGACCUAUACUUCUGUACAAAACUGGAGCUUCCAGUGAUUCCACGAUCAGAGAGUAUUUUUAAAGAUCUUAAGGGGCUGCUAAGAUUGAAACACAUUUUAGUAUUUCUAAUGUUUGCAACAUUAGCUGGAAUUGUAGACAGUUUCAUCAUAUACUUCCUGUUUUGGUACUUAGAAGACCUAGCAAUGAUGGGAGGUGGCAUGAGUAAUAUGAAACUGCUUGAGGGUCUCACAAUAGCAGCUGAGACAUUGGUCGGUGAAGUGAUAUUCUUUUCCAUAUCAGGUAAAAUCUUGAAGCUUAUAGGAUAUGGACAUUCACUGACACUUUGCUUCUUGGCAUAUGCCCUUCGAUUAUCUCUUAUAUCACUGAUUCCCUCACCAUGGUGGGUGUUGCCAAUUGAACUAUUCAUGCAAGGUCCUACAUAUGCAAUGUGCUAUACAACAAUAGUUGCUUAUGCCAGUGCUGUCUCACCGCCAGGAGCAUCUGCUACAAUGCAGGGAAUUGUAGCUGGCAUGGAUGAUGGUUUUGGAUAUGCAGUUGGCAGUUUGAUAGGUGGUUUGUUAUAUCGAUGGGUUGGUGGAACUAAAGCAUUUAAAUGGUUCGGGACCACAGCAGCAGUAUGUGGCCUAGCUCAUUAUAUAAUGUACCAAAUGUUUCUGAAGAAGACUAUGGUCCCUGCAGGUUCAUCACAACAGUAUAAGUCUCCAAAUGACGCAGUUCAGGUGACAGAUGUAGCUGCUGCUGAUGAUGAGAAAUGAUUAGUCGGAAAACCUGAAUUUCUUAAAUUCAAGAAAUCAAUGUCUGUCUGUUCUUUGAAGAUGUCACAAAAGUGCCUGAUAUGUAAAUAAUGCAAAUGAUGUACAAAAUAUUUUGUAUGUUGUUGUAGCUAUCAGAGUUUAUAUUUUCUAUGUACAUGUGUAUUUGUAAUAAAUGUUUUGAUGACACUGUA